UGUAUCUUUACAUGGGAUUACCAUUUGGAAACCCUGCUUCAAGAAUACCAAGGUCAAAGGUUAACAUUAGGUGGUGAUGCAAGAUGUGAUUCCCCUGGUUAUUCAGCAAAAUAUGGAUCCUACACUUUGAUGGAUUUGGAGACGGGGAAAAUUUUGGAUUUUCAGUUAGUUCAGAGUAAUGAAGUCAAAAGCUCUGUACACAUGCAGUUGGAAGGUCUGAAGAGGGGAAUUCAGCAACUUGUAGAUGCAGGCCUCCAGAUUGACAACAUCAUUACUGACAGGCACGGUAUGGUCAGAAAAUUCAUGCGCACAGAACAUCCAGACAAACACCAUUACUUUGAUGUUUGGCAUGUAGCUAAAGGUAUUUCAAAGAAGUUGGAGGCUGCUUCUAAGAAAAGGGACUGUGCAGACAUCCGCCCCUGGAUUAAAAGCUCGGUCAACCAUUGCUAUUGGGUUGCAGCUUCUUGUGGUGAAGAUGGGUACUUGAAGGAGCAGAAGUGGUCUUCGCUUACGGAACAUGUCACCAACAAGCAUGAACACUGUGAGCACGGAGUGUUGGAGGAGGACAGGUUAUGGAUCAAAGAAGGUUCUAGAGCUCAUAAGCUGUUCCGGGAUGUUGUCGAUAGUAACUAUCUGAUGCGAGAUAUACCAAAGCUGUCCCCACUACAUCAGACCUAUGGAUUGGAAGUUUACCACAGUGUGGUAAAUAGUUUUGCUCCCAAGAACACCCACUUCUUUUAUCCAGCUAUGAUGGCUAGGUUGUGUGUAGCAGCACUUCACUUUAAUGAAAAUGGAAGUCACCAUACAGCCAUGACCAGAGCUGGGGCUGCUAAGUGGCAGAUUUGUUAUCCAAAGGACAAAAGAGGUGACCAUCCUGUUGCAAAACCCAUUAAGACACCCAUCACUUAUGAAUACAUCGACAUCUUGCGCAUCAAUCUUGUUGAACGGAGGAGGCAGUUCCCUUCAUACCAGACCGCAGGCCAGGAUGCAGAUAGACUCCUGGGGUACCAACCACCAUCGUUGACCUCAAAAUGGGAGCCGUAUAACAAAGACCAACUCGUUGCAACACGACGGAGCAGGUUUGCACGACAGUGA